CCGCCCGCUCCUCCAAAACCUAAUCCCCUCCUGUACCACGCCGCGAGUCGACGGUCGUCGCGGGUAGAGGCGCCCUCAACCACGCCUUCAACUAGGACACUUAGCGCCGGCGAAUUCCAGCCAGCAGGACUCUCAAUGGACGUCCCCGACUCCAGCGACACCACUCGGAAAUCGGAGAGCAAUACGCAGGCGCAAUCGGACUCAGGUCUUCCAACCCGUCGUGCUGAGCCUGACCUGGACAGCAACAGGAUGUCCUUCUCGUCGCUGUAUGGAAGCGGAAAGUACGCAGGCGUGAGCGCGCCGAGCUCAGUGGGAGGAGGCUCUGAUGUAGAUGCCAGUAGGCCGGAUGGAGCAACAACUGCUACUCACAAUCUUUCUAUCACCACACAGAGCCAGAACGGCGCGCUGUCGCCCACCCUCAGCGGCUCGAUUGGAGAUAACACGCCGCACGGCAACCCUGGACAGUCAGGCACUUCAUCUGCCUCGCCGAUCAAUGGCCCGCCAGCUUCUGCAAGCACCCAGCCCUCCAGACAAGGCAGAACGAUCGUUAACAAUCGAGGAAGAACGCCAGCUGCAUCUCGCAGAGUGUCUGGCAGUGUAUAUGGUAGCGUGAACAGCAGUGUAAACGGCAGCGUUACUGCUAGUUUUCCUGGGAGCGCUCCUCCCAGUGCCUCCCACUCGAUGGAGCGACAUACAGACAACUCGAACAAGAUUGGGACAAUAGGCAUUUGUGCACUGGACUCGAAAGCGAGGAGCAAACCAUCUAGGAACAUCUUGAACAGACUUGUGGGCAAGGACAUCGACUUUGAGGUUAUCAUCUUCGGAGACAAGGUCAUCCUGGACGAGAAUGUUGAGAAUUGGCCAGUCUGUGACUUCUUGAUAUCGUUCUUCAGUGACGGGUUCCCUCUGGAGAAAGCUAUUGCAUAUGCCAAGCUUCGGCGACCUUUCUGCGUGAAUGACUUGCCAAUGCAAACAGUCCUUUGGGACCGGCGCAUGUGCUUGAGGAUAUUGGACAAGUUGGGCGUACCUACACCGGAGCGCAUAGAAGUCAACCGGGACGGAGGGCCUGUGGCCUUGACUGCCGACAUUGCAGCUCGCAUGAAGCAACUUACUGGCGUCGAGCUGAUCGGCUCGGACGAUGGGAGAGGUGGCGGGCAACCCCCACCCAGUGAUGUGCACAUGGAAGACGACGAUGACACGUUGGUUGUCGACGGCCAUAGGCUGCACAAGCCAUUCGUCGAGAAGCCCACGAGUGGUGAAGACCACAAUAUCAAUAUCUACUACCCUAAGUCACAGGGCGGCGGCGGACGUCGUCUGUUCCGUAAGGUCAACAACAAGUCCAGCGAGAAGGACGCCACCCUCGUUGUACCCCGAGCGGUCACAGAGCCAGAUGGGUCCUACAUUUACGAGCAGUUUCUCAAGGUGGAAAACGCUGAAGAUGUCAAAGCUUACACUGUCGGCACAGAGUUCUGCCAUGCCGAGACCCGCAAGUCGCCUGUAGUAGAUGGCGUUGUCAAGCGUAACCCGAAUGGCAAGGAGAUACGAUAUGUCACCAAACUCAACAAAGAGGAGCAAAUGAUGGCGGCAAAGAUUGCUUCUGGAUUCGGUCAGCGUGUUUGUGGCUUCGAUCUCUUACGCGUGGACGACAAGAGCUAUGUCAUAGACGUCAAUGGGUGGAGCUUUGUCAAGGACAAUAACGAGUACUAUGACAAGUGCGCUCAGAUCUUGAAGGACAUGUUCAUCCGCGAAAAGCUCAAAUGGCAGGGCAGAGCCACUCCCAGCGAAGUGGACGAUGGGGAAACCAGGGACGCUGAUUACAUGUCCAGAAAAUCAAUGAUUCCCAAGGAAAAGGAGUUACCUAACAGUACCGGACACCGCGGAGUGCUUGGCAGUGUUUUUAGGAGUCGCAGCAUCUCACAGCUGCGCGAUCAUGUGCACACUGUAGCAUCACACGUCGGACACCCGCAUGCCGCUAAGUCCCCAAGUGGGACUUCCAGUCCGAUCACGUCGCCGACGUUAGCCGAGCGAAGAGGUUCAUCUCACAAGCGUCAUUCAACAGUGCCCCUUGUGACAUCAGAAAUGCCGUCCGCAGCAGUAGCAACACCAUUGGAUCAUAUCAGGGAUAGCUUGAGCGAGCGUCCAAAAUCUGCUGAUCUGGAGUCUCUUGUGCCGUCUGAAGCACCCUCGCAUGCUCCUGCACCUGCGGUGAAGAGUCAAUGGAAGUUGAAGGGAAUGGUUGCCGUCAUUCGACAUGCGGAUCGAACGCCGAAGCAGAAGUUCAAGUUCACAUUCCACACCAAACCAUUCGUUGAUCUGCUCAAGGGCCACCAAGAAGAGGUUUUGCUUGUGGGUGAGGCUGCCCUGCACAGCGUUCAGCAAGCUGUGAAACAGGCCAUGACCGAGGGCGUAGAAGACAUGAACAAGCUUCGCACACUCGCCAACGCACUUGCGAAGAAGGGUGCUUGGCCGGGAACUAAGGUGCAGAUCAAGCCCAUGUUUAAAAAGCCAAAGGAAGUCGAGGCAAGCAAGAAUAACAGUAAGCCAGGCGAUAAGGAGAGCGGAGGCUUGAAGCAAAGCUUUCCCUGCAUCGAGGACCAAGCCCAUUCUAAUCAUGCAGCUGAACACGUCAAGCCGGAAGACUUGGCCGACAGUCAAGGCCUCGCUGACUCUGUUGGCGAUCGUGCGCAACAACGUAGUGACUCUUUGGGUGAAAUUACCAUGUCGCGAGCUGCUGCUGCUGAUCAAAACCUUGUCCUGGAUAAACUGCAGCUGGUCAUGAAGUGGGGAGGCGAGCCCACUCAUUCUGCACGGUACCAAGCUACUGAUUUAGGAGAGAACAUGCGCGCCGACUUGUGCCUCAUGAACCGCCGUGUACUAGAGGAUGUAUCGAUCUUCACAUCAUCAGAGCGUCGUGUUAGGACCAGUGCUGGCAUCUUUGCAAGUGCUUUCCUGGAGCAAAAGGAUGUCGACGAUGACCAGAUUCACAUCAGGAAAGAUCUGCUAGAUGAUUCAAAUGCUGCUAAGGACGAGAUGGAUAGGGUCAAAAAGAAGCUUAAGGGGCUUCUGCGCAAAGGCGAAAAGGCGCCCGAACAGUUCGCCUGGCCAAAGGAUGGCACACCGGAGCCUUAUGUGGUGGUACGUCAGGUUGUCGAAUUGAUGAAGUUCCAUCGCAAGGUGAUGAGAAGCAAUUUUGCAAGACUGCAAGGCUCAGAGGCUGUCACUAGCUUGGAGAAGAUUCAGAAGAGUCCAGCUCGAACUAAUCAGGGCAAUGAAGCAACGCCACUGAAUGAGACUGCUGCACUGAAAUCGACUUUCGAGAACCCCACAGAUGCCAAGGCGUCGACCAUACAGUCCAGAUGGUGUACUGGCGAGGACGCGGAACUGUUCAAAGAGCGCUGGGAGAAGUUAUUCAACGAGUUCACCGACGCUGAAAAAGUUGAUCCCAGCAAAGUCAGCGAGCUCUACGAUACCAUGAAGUUCGACGCCCUUCACAACCGCCAAUUCCUCGAGUGGGUCUUCACACCUAACAAGUCCAUGCUUCACGAAGCGAAUGAAGCGAGUUCGCCCAACCUCAAGCGCACGGAGAGCGACGAAGCGCGACAGGAGUUCGAACAGACGCACGAAGGACAAAUCCCUGCUUCAUCGAGUGAGCCAGGUGGCUGCAGCAGCGAGCUAGCGGCCAUGGAGAAUCUGCAACUGCCACCACCGAGGAGAAGUGACACAACUAGCACGAUUGCAUCCAACAUGGAGGCUAGUACUCAUAGUUUGCGCAAGAAUUCAAAGGAUGGCACUACCAAGGAGCCUCCCAAGCCGACUCUCUCGCAGCGACUCGGCUUUCGACGUAGAAGUGCUGAACUACCAAAUGAUCUUCUGGCACCUCCAGGCAAACCACAAUAUGCGCAUGCGGACGACCCCUCGGCAUCGUAUUUCAAUCUAUUCACAGGAGGCAAUCCGGGGAACAACUCGAAGGUCAAACAUGACGUUCGUUUGGAGAAGCUCAAUGAAAUGUACAAGCUCUCCAAGAUUCUCUUCGACUUCAUUGGACCUCAAGAGUACGGUAUCACAGACAGCGAGAAACUGGAAAUCGGCCUCCUGACCUCCUUGCCACUUCUUAAAGAGAUCGUCAAGGAUCUGGAAGAAGUGCAGGCUUCGGACGAUUGCAAGUCGUUCAUUUACUUCACCAAGGAAUCACAUAUUUACACGCUGCUGAACUGUAUUCUUGAAGGUGGCGUCCAGACUAAGAUCGCUCGAAAUGCUAUUCCAGAGCUUGACUACCUCAGUCAAAUUUGCUUCGAGCUCUACGAAUCUGAAAACCCGGACGCCUGUGCGCAUAAUGCUGCGAAUCCGGAUGCUCCUCAACAGAACCUAUUCAAUUAUAGUAUUCGCAUCACAAUAUCGCCGGGUUGUCACACAUUCGACCCUCUGGACGUGCAACUGGACAGUAAGCAUUGCAUUGGCUGUGCACCCCGGCGCUCACUCACUAGUCAUGCCGACUGGCGUGAGGUGUUGGAGACUCUGAGAGCCAAAUUCAAGAUGGUCAAGCUGCCAAAGAGUUUCACUCCUGUCAAUCUUUCCGAGAGGCAUCCCCAGGCGUUUGUGAAUGAUGUGGAAGAGACUGCAUUACAGGAGUCGUCUGUCGAAAGUAGCAGUAAGAAGCCGAGCUGAUAGAUUCAGAGGCUACGCAUGCUAGCCAGAUUACGGCAGCACACUAGAGUAGAGUACAGUACCUUACAGUAGACCAGGGAUUCGCUUGUAUACUUACGUAAUGAUUAGAAUCAAUGUGAGGUCAGGAUGUUUAAAC